CCGAGCCAGGCCAGCUGGGCAGUUUUGUGUGUUUUUUAAUGUGAACUAUUCUAGAUUAUGUCCGAGCUGACUUCAGAAGACCAAGGGAAAUUGGGUGGGUGGGAGAGCAAGGGGCAUAGUAGCAGGUGAGCACAGUGAAUCUUAAAAACGAAAACGGUGAUUACGCAAGUGCCCGCGCCCCCGCCCCACGCCCAUAUUCCUUGCAAGCUAUAGUCACUUUGUCUCCUCCUUCCGCCCCGAGAGUGGCGCAACUGUCUGACGUCAGGGACGCACCACACAGUGAACUCGGGCCGCGCAAACUCUGUGGCCCGUCUACCCGGCGCGCUGAGGCGAACGUUCUCUCGGCGCCGGAAGUCCAGGGCACGUGACCGGGUGACAGCGCUUGCUUAACUGCAGGGCUCGCUGUAGGUGUUGCGGCACGCACGGGAUGGCGGAGGCUCCUCCUGUCUCAGGUACUUUUAAAUUCAAUACGGAUGCUUCUGAGUUCAUUCCUCAGGAGAGGAAAAAAUCUGGUCUACACUGUGGGAGUCAAAGAAGACUAGAUUCUAAUAGGAUUGGUAGAAGAAAUUACAGUUCACCACCUCCGUGUCACCUUUCCAGGCAAAUCCCUUAUGAUGACAUCUCUGCUGUUCAUCAGUACAGUUACCAUCCUUCAGGAAGCAAACCUAAGAGUCAACAGCUUUCUUUCCAAUCCUCUGCUUCUAAUAAAUCACUCAAGAACCUUCAGAAUCAACCUGUACAGAAAUUGAGGAGUGAAAAGCAGCACAUCAAAGUCAAGAGAGUACAAAGUGUAACUGACCAGACCUCAGAUGUAUCUGGCUUAGAAGGUGUGGCCAGAUCAGAGAGUGGGACAAAGCUCAGAGAGCACAGCCCUUCUGAAAGUGAGAAGGAAAUUGUUGGUGCAGAUCCCAGGGGAGCAAAACCAAAAAAAGCAGCCCAGUAUGUGUAUAGCUAUGGUAGAGGACCAAAAGUCAAGGGGAAACUCAAAUGUGAGUGGGGUAACAGAAUGACACCCAAACCCGAGGAUGCCGGAUCUGAAAAUAUCAAACCUGUGGGGGUUAUCCACCCUGACUCUUCAGAUACAUCCUUUAGAAAAGGAGUACUGGAUGGGUCUGGGGCCAGACGCAAUGAACAGAGAAGACACUCACAGAAAAGGCCUCCCUGGGAAGUAGAGGGGGCGAGGCCACGUCCAGGCAGGAAUCCACCAAAACAGGAGGGUCAGCGACAUACAAGUGCAGGGCCCAGAAACGGCAUGGCCCCCAUUCCAAAGGAUAAUCUUAAUGAACGACCAGUAAAAUCUGCCUGCAGCAAUGGGAACUUGGCAGUUGUUAACAAGUCUUCCAGAAGGAUUGACCUGGAGAAAUGUGCUAUAAGGAGGCAGGAUCCUCAAGUUGCAUCUUUCCCACGAGGCAAACAGAACCCCGUGCUAAAGAAUGUGGAAACACACACAGGUUCUCUAGUUGAACAACUAACUACAGAAAAAUAUGAGUGCAUGGUGUGCUGUGAAUUGGUUCGCGUCACGGCUCCAGUCUGGAGUUGUCAGAGCUGUUACCACGUGUUUCAUUUGAACUGCAUUAAAAAAUGGGCAAGGUCUCCAGCAUCUCAAGCAGAUGGCCAGAGUGGUUGGCGGUGCCCUGCCUGUCAGAAUGUUUCUGCACAUGUUCCUAAUACCUACACUUGUUUCUGUGGCAAGGUAAAGAAUCCUGAGUGGAGCAGAAAUGAAAUCCCACAUAGUUGUGGUGAAGUUUGUAGAAAGAAACAGCCUGGACAGGACUGCCCACAUUCCUGUAAUCUUCUCUGCCAUCCUGGACCUUGCCCACCCUGUCCCGCCUUUACGACUAAAACCUGUGAAUGUGGACGAACCAGGCACACAGUUCGCUGUGGUCAGGCUGUCUCAGUCCACUGUUCUAAUCCAUGUGAGAAUGUUUUGAAUUGUGGUCAGCACCACUGUGCUGAGCUGUGCCAUGGGGGUCAGUGCCAGCCUUGCCGCAUCAUACUGAACCAAGUAUGCUACUGUGGCAACACCUCGCGAGAUGUGUUAUGUGGAACGGACAUAGGAAAGUCCGAUGGAUUUGGGGAUUUUGGCUGUUUAAAGAUAUGUGGCAAGGAUUUGAAAUGUGGGAACCACAUGUGUUCUCAGGUGUGCCACCCUCAGCCCUGCCAGCCGUGCCCACGGCUCCCCCAUCUGGUACGCUAUUGCCCUUGUGGGCAAACUCCUCUCAGCCAAUUGCUAGAGCUUGGAAGUAGUGGUCGGAAAACGUGCAUGGAUCCUGUCCCUACGUGUGGAAAAGUGUGUGGCAAGCCUCUGUCUUGUGGUUCCUCAGAUUUCAUUCAUACCUGUGAAAAGCUCUGCCAUGAAGGAGACUGUGGACCAUGCUCUCGCACAUCAGUUAUUUCCUGCAGAUGCUCUUUCAGAACAAAGGAGCUUCCAUGUACCAGUCUCAAAAGUGAAGGUAUGACUGGGAAGGGGCAUGAGGAAACUUUCUGGGGUAAAGCAGAUGCUACAUUUAUGUGCGACAAGCGGUGUAGCAAGAAAAGGUUGUGUGGACGGCAUAAAUGUAAUGAGAUAUGCUGUGUGGAUAAGGAGCACAAAUGUCCUUUGAUUUGUGGGAGGAAACUUCGUUGUGGCCUUCAUAGAUGUGAAGAACCUUGUCAUCGUGGGAACUGCCAGACAUGCUGGCAAGCCAGUUUUGAUGAAUUAUCCUGCCACUGUGGUGCAUCAGUGAUCUACCCUCCAGUUCCCUGUGGUACCAGGCCCCCUGUGUGUACCCAAACCUGUGCCAGAGUCCAUGAUUGUGACCAUCCAGUAUAUCAUUCUUGUCAUAGCGAAGAGAAGUGUCCGCCUUGUACUUUCCUAACUCAGAAAUGGUGCAUGGGCAAACAUGAGUUACGAAGCAACAUCCCGUGUCACCUGGUUGAUAUCUCUUGCGGAUUACCCUGCAGUGCUGCGCUACCGUGUGGGAUGCACAGGUGUCAGAGACUCUGUCACAAAGGAGAGUGUCUUGUGGAUGAGGCUUGCAAGCAGCCCUGCACCACCCCCAGAGCUGACUGUGGCCACCCCUGCAUGGCACCCUGCCACCUCAGCUCACCCUGCCCCGUGACUGCUUGCAAAGCCAAGAUUGAGCUGCAGUGUGAAUGUGGACGAAGAAAAGAGAUCAUGAUUUGCUCUGAAGCAUCCAGUACUUAUCAAAGAAUAGCUGCUAUUUCCAUGGCCUCUAAAAUAACAGACAUGCAGCUUGGAGAUUCAGUGGAGAUCAGCAAGUUAAUUACUAAGAAGGAAAUUCACCAAGCCAGGCUGGAAUGUGAUGAGGAGUGUUCAGCCUUAGAAAGGAAAAAACAGUUAGCAGAGGCAUUUCAUAUCAGUGAUGAUUCUGAUCCUUUCAAUGUACGUUCUUCAGCAUCAAAAUUUAGUGACAGUUUGAAAGAAGAUGCCAGGAAGGACCUAAAGUUUGUCAGUGACGUUGAGAAGGAAAUGAAAGCCCUUGUGGAAGCCGUGGAUAAGGGAAAGAACAAUAAGAAGAGCCACUUCUUCCCUCCCAUGAACAGAGACCAUCGCCGGAUCAUCCACGAACUGGCCCAGGUGUACGGCCUGGAGAGCGUGAGCUAUGACAGUGAGCCGAAGCGCAACGUCGUCGUCAUUGCAGUCAGAGGGAAGUCUGUUUGUCCAACUACCACGUUGACAAGUGUACUUGAAAAGGAAAUGCAGACACGGCCUCCACCCCCAAUUCCUCAUCACAGACAGUCAGACAAGAAUCCUGGGAGCAAUAGUUUACAGAAGAUAGAAAAGGAGGCGGUAAUUGACUACUUUGAUGUCCAGGACUGAGAAGCUCAAGAUGCACUUAGAUGAAAGAAUGAUUAAGUGGGGAUUCAUUUGCCAGCAGAUAAAUCAUGCUUAUUCCCAACUUCCUGGUGGACUUACAGCCUCUCAUACUGUCUUGUAUUGAUACGUUCAAAGCAUGAGUGUGUCAGAAAUCCCCUGUCCUCUGAUCCCUCAGAUGCUGGCUGCACGGUCACUAGAGAUUCAGUCAUGUAUUUUCAGAAGCUCCUCACACCUUCACUGUGAUUGCUCAGAAGCUUAGGACAUUGGACUUGAUUUGGACAAACCAGAAUAUUAGCCUGAAACCCCCUUUAUGACACUUAGCCAUAGCCUCAGUUAUCCCAGUUAUCCAUACAUCUCCUGAAAAUGCCUGCGACAUUAGAUGUACCUCGCUUUCUUAAUCCAGAUUGAUCACAGACACAAGCAAACUUCUCAGUCUGAAAUAUCAAACAUUGAAUUUGAUACACUAUAUCCAGAAUCACAUGUGUUAUGUUGAACCCAGCUAUCUUCUGUCAGUCUUUUGCCAAAAACUGUCAUAGAUAUAUCUAGUUGAGCUUAUUUUAAUGGUUCUCAGUACUAUUAGUUCUAGAUCUAGAGAGAUCUAGAAGAUGGGUGGCUCUAAAGAAUUCCAUGUUUUAGACUCCAGGGAGCACCUCAUACCACAUCGCUGAGCGUUUCUGGUGACAGUCACUUCAGCGAUCCACCAUGAUGGGCGAGAGCAAGCUCCUCCUGCCACGUUCACACUGGCCUCAGUGCGACCAGCGUAGCCCCCCACCUUCUCUGGUUGGGAAAGAGUCUCAGGUGGGCUUAAUCUUGCCUGUGUUGCUUUCUCCCAGGCCUUCAGCAGCCAUAUUAGCUCUCCCUAUGUCUGAGCGCUGAACUUCUGUGUGAAUAGUCAGAAAAGUCUGUGGACCGUCCAGGGCUUAUCCCAGCAGCCCCUGGAGGCGUACUUCAAGCUCCUUUAAGGCAGGUGCAUUACCAGUUACAUUACCAGUUUGGCCCUCCCCAUGGCACCCUCAGCACAGAGGCCAAACUUCCAACUUCCUUCUGCUCCAAAACAAGCCACAAGCCCAGAGCAACAGGAGAUUUGAGAAAUGACUUUACAAAACUAGCACUUAAUUUUCACAGAGCAGGGCUAGCCUUUGGUCCAACCCAGACAGUCUGCCUUGAAAAGCAUCAGGUACAGCUGUGGGAACAGAAAAUUGGAGGAAAGAGAUGAUCUGUAAAACCACCUUAUGUGGGCCCAUUUAGCACAGGUUCAGUGGCCCUAUACCCAACAGGAAGCCCACACGCAAACUGUUACAUCUUUUACUCAGUGGGUUUAGUGGGUGAACUGUACAUUGAGAGCAUCUCAGAAUCAGCAGGAGGCAGGAAACCUGAUUGCAGAUUCCAGCUGUCAUAUAACAACUUGCCACUUGGUGGAAUGGAGGUAUCAAACUACCUCACCAGCGUGGUGGUGAUUAAAUGAGAUAACAUAGGUAGAGGUACCUAACCUAUCAUAGGUGCUGAACGUUUAUAAAAAUUAUACUUGAUAUCUGGAAAAUAUGUCAGCAUCUUUAGUCUCCAUAAUACUAGCCAAGUAAAAGGUUAGAGUGCUGAGCAUGCCUCUUCAGGUGAAUACUUGUGUGCCUACUUAGCACCCGCCUUGUACUAGGGCUGGGGGCAGCAGAUGUGGCCUGUUCUUUAGUUAGUAAUCCAGUAGGGGACACAUACCUGAAUAUAUAUAGUGGAAUGGGUUGGUCUGGCAGAAAUCGUUCAUUAGUCUUAUUAAAAGCUGAAGUGUUAUACGAGGAGUUUUUUGUGGAUGGUAGGACUGGGUUAGCUUUCAUGUUGGGGGAAGGACCUCUGGUGGGGAAGAGAAACAGGAGGAAGCAUUCGAACUGCUUCUAGAGAUAGCAGACUGCCAUAUGGAGGAAAAGUAUGCCAAGUGAAGGUAAAGGGCAUGAGGCAAGCCCAGGUGUAUGGCUUGUGGUGGGUUUGAGGAAAGGAUCUCCCAGCGUGGGCAGACAACUGGAAGUACAGGUGAUGAAGCUGAAAGUGUAGGCUGGUCAACUUGAGAGCCAUGGGGGAGUCUAAGAGAACAGCUCGGCUGGAUUCAUGAUCUAGAGCUGGAGCCAGCAAACAUUUUCUGUAAAGGGCCAGAUAGUAAAUAUUUGAGGCUUAGAACUGUAGAGUUUCUGUUGCAGCUACCAUUGUACAACUCUCCCAUUGUAGUGUGAAAGCAGCCACAGACAAUACACAAGUAUUAGAACUCCAUUCUAAUAACAAUUUUAUAAAAUCAGAAUCGCAUGUCAUUUUUACGUCACAACAUAUUGUUCUUUUGCCUAACCUUUUAAAAAUGUGAAAACUAUCGUUAGCUUAUGGGUUGUACAAAAACAACAGAUGUGGCCAUGGACUUUGUUUGCCAAGGGAUAACAGGUAAGAGGCCCAGCGGAGAGCUCUGGGAGCGAUCCAAGUGAGAGGAUAAGGGUGGUGGGAACUGGUGCUGCAGAGGGAAGAGAUGUCAGGAGAUCCAGGAGGUAGGAGAGGAUGCCGGGGAGCAGCAGAGAACCAGCCCCCCACAUUGCCAAAGGGACCCCCAGACCCCCUCAGCAAAAAGAAGCUGCUUCUCAUUCUCCAUUGAGCAGUGGCUUUGGACAAGACCACAUGAAUGUGGACCAAAGGAAAAGAUAUCCCUCCACCCCAUACAUAGAGCCCGUGGGGACCAAGACUCCACGCUUACUCCCCAAGAAUCAGGUGUAUCUGCUCCCCCCUCUAGCUUCACACUCUCCAGCAGGAGUUUGCUUAUGGGGCCAGAGCUUUCCAGAAAUCAAGUUCUUAUCUCUGGAAUUCCCUCUGGCAGAGCUGACUCCUCAAUAAAUAAUGGUGCCCGCCUGGCGUGCAGUAGGGGGUUGUAUGUGGGAAUGGAGAUGAAAGCAGCCCUCCAGGUUGCAGGUCUGUUUGAAGCACCUCUGGAUGGUGUCCUAGACAGGACCAGCCAGGCCUCAGGGGGAGGGAGGCGGUGUUAGGUCUUGUGAGGGAGGUGCAAAGUUUCAAACCAAAGGUCCUGAGAUUUAGGUUUGGCAUGUCCUUCCCACAUGGUGCCGGUCUUUGUGCUUCAUGCCUAAAAGCCUGGAGACUAUUCUCUAAGGAGAACCUGCUGCUGUGCCACCUCUGCCACACUCAUCAGGCAAAUUCUCCCAAACUCCCCACAUGACCCCAGCACAAACGCCCCCUACCAUCUCUCGAGGCCUUUCAGAGCUCACAAUCCCCCAGGGCAUUCUCUAAGCCCAUCCAGCCCCUGUCUACAAUGGCCCAGACCGAAGGAACAAGGCUCCAUGGGAUCUCACUUGUGUGUGCCAAGCCAGGACUGGAUAUCCAGGCCUUGGGUUUCCCAACAUAGAGCUGCCCUAGGCCAGGACGGGCCUGAGUCUUCAGGAUAAGGUGCAUCAUCUUUCCCAAACGAUUGCCUGGGCAUAUUCCCAGUGGCCCCGGCUGCCCUCGCCACAGGCUUCAUGCUGCACAGCCUCCUGGGAGACCUGGGUGCAGAGAGCCCAGCUGAACUGCUAGGAUGCCCAGUUGGCUGCCUCAGCUCUCUGUGUGACUCCAGGCAUUUUGCUUCCAGUGUCUGGGCAUUGGUCUCCCCAUCUGUCGGGUGGGUAGUAGUUCCUCCUUGUACACUGCCCGGAGCCAUUGGGAGGGUCGUGGGGAGACGGUCUGAGAGGUCAGAGAGUCUGCCAGUGUCAUUUGGCAUCUCAGCACGGUUACAUCUCUGGAGCCUGUCCCAGGACUGUCUCAAGGGCAGCUCAGUUAGGGGGAAGGAACAGAGCAGUCGCAAAGUUGCUCUGAUAGGGGCUGAGGCUUUCAGACACACACACACCCCCUUACUCCACACACCCCAAGUCUGACAUCUGGGUGAAGAAGUCAGAAGUCCUUAUGUACCCACACUUUCCCAAGGAUCUCUUCUGAGCUCAUAGUAUGCACUAAGCAUAGUGUUCAUAUUUUACUCCUCAAAGCCCCAUGAGGUAGCUAUUCUUCUUAUAACCAUUUCACUAGUAUACUCUGAGUAGUGGGGUAACCCAAGAUCACUCAGUUAACAACUGGAGAUCUAAUAUUCCUGCUAGGUCUGACUCCAAAACCUGUGUCCUCUCCGCUACACAGAGCAGUGGCAGCUGACACUGGAGGCCCUGGGAUUGCAUGACCCAUGAGGUCAAGACAAGAAAGUUUAUACUGUACAAAUGCUGAGAACACCAGCAACUCCCCCGCCCACAACAGAGGGGUUUUCCUGUAAUACCCACGAGAGGGCAGUAUUUAUCCUCAAAGCCUGGGGAUGGUGUGGGGGAGUGUUUUACACUUUGCCUCAUGAAAGCUCUUUAAAACUUUUUAGAAGAGUUUAUUAGCUUGAAUGUAUCACGUUUUCAUUUUUUAAUUUGUUUUUUAUUCUUGAGAGUAUUACAGAUGUCCCUCAUUCCCCCCCCCCCUUUUUUUUUUGCUAACUCCCACCCUACUCCAGGCCUUCACAGCACUAUUGUCUGUGUCCAUUCGCUAUGCAUACAUGCAUAUAAAUUCUUUGGUUAAUCUCCGCACCCCCACCACCUUCCCGCUGAGAUCUAUCAGUCUGUUCCGUGCAUCCAUGUCUCUGGACCUAUUUUGUUCAUCAGUUUAUUUUGUUCAUUAGAUUCUACAUAUAAGUGAGAUCAUGUGAUAUUUGUCUUUCUCUGAGUGGCUUAUUUUGCUUAGCAUAAUAUUCUCCAAGUCUAUCCAUACUGUUGCAAAGGGUAAGAGAUCCUUCUUUUUACAUCCAUGUAGUAUUCCAUUGUGUAAAUGUACCACAGCUUUUUUAUACAUUCAUCUACUGAUGGGCACUUGGCUGUUUCCAGAUCUAGCUAUUGUAAAUAAUGCUGCUAUGAACAUAGGGGUGCAUAUGUUCUUGCUGAUUGGUGUUUCUGGUUUCUUGGGAUAUAUUCCCAGAAGUGGGAUCUCUGGGUCAAAUGGCAGUUCCAUUUUUAAUAUUUUGAGGAAACCUGCAUACUGUUUCCACAGUGACUGUACUGGUCUGCAUUCCCACCAGCAGUGUACUGUGGUCCUUUUCUGCACAUCCUCACCAGCACUUACUGUUUGUUGAUUUAUUGAUGGUAGCCAUUCUGGCAGGUGUGAGGUGAUAUCUCAUUGUAGUUUUAAUUUGCAUCUCUCUGAUAAUUAGCGAUAUUGAGCAUUUUUUCAUGUCUCUUGGCCAUCUGUAUGUCCUCUGGAGAUUAUCUGUUUAGGUCCUUUGCCCAUUUUAAAAUUGGAUUGUCUUCCUUUUGUUGAGUUAUAUGAGUUCUUUAUAUAUUUUGGAAAUUAGCCCCUUAUCAGAUGUAUCAUUGGCAAGUAUGUUCUCCCACACAGUAGGUUCCCUUUUCAUUUUGAUGGUGGCUUCUUUUGCUGUGUAGCAGCUUUUUGGUUUGAUGUAUUCCCAUUUGUUUAUUUUUUUACUUUAUUUCUCUUGCCCCAUGAGAUAUAUCAGCAAAAAUUCUGCUAAGUGAAAUGUAAGUGAUUUUAUUGUCUAUAUUUUCUUCUAGGAUGUUUAUGGUUUCAGUCACAUACACACACAUAUCCUUACAUUUAAGUAUUUUACCCAUUUUGAGGUUAUUCUUCUAUCUGGGUAAGUUAGUGGUCUAGUUUUAUUACUUAGCAUGUACCUGUCCGAUUUUACCAACACCAUUUAUUUGAAAAGACUUUCUACUCCAUUGUAUGCUCUUGCCUCCUUUGUCAAAUACUAAUUGACAAUAAUGAUAUGGGUCGAUUACUUGGGUCUCUGAUUUAUAUGCCUGUUCUUGUGCCAGUACCAGGCUGUUUUUUUAUUACAGUGGCUUUGUAGUAUAGUUUGAUAUAAUGCUUCCACUUGUUCGUAUCUUCCUCUGUUUCUUAUUUCAGUGUCCUAUAGUUUUCUGAGUAGGUCUUUUACUUCCUUGAUUAAGAUAUCUUAUUUUUGUUGUUGCACUGGUAAAUGGGAUUGAUUUUUUAGUUUCUCUUUCUGAAAGUUCAUUCUUAGUGUAUAAAAAUGUCAUCGAUUUCUGGAUGUUAAUUUUCUAUCCUGCUACUUUGUUGAAUUCAUUUAUUAAAUCUACGAGUUUUUUGAUGGAGUCUUUAGAGUUUUCUAUAUACAAUAUUAUGUCAUCUACAAAUGAUAGUUUUACUUCCUCCUUUCCAAUUUGUAUACCUUUUAUUUUUUCUCCUUGUUUGAUCAGUGUGGGUAGGACUUCCAGUAUUAUGUUGAAUAAGAGUGGUGAAAGCAGACAUCCCUGUCUUGUUCCUGUUCUUAAGGGAAACGCUUUUAGUUUUUGCCCAUAUGAUAUUAGCUAUAGGGUUGUCAUAUAUGGCCUUUAUUAUGUUCAGGUAUGUUCCCUCUAUUACCUCUUUGCUGAGAGUUUUUAUCAGAAAUGGGGGUUGGAUUUUGUCAAAUGCUUUUUCUGCCUCAAUUGAUAUGAUCAUGUGAUUUUUGUCUUCCAGUCUGUUUACGUGAUGUGUCACAUUUAUUGAUUUAUUAAUAUUGUACUGCCUUGCAUCCCCAGAAUAAAUCCCACUUGCUCAUAGAAUAUGAUAUUUUUAAUGUAUUGCUGGAUCUGAUUUGCUAAUAUUUUAUUGAGGAUUUUAGCAUCUAUGUUCAUCAGGGAAUGACCUGUAAUUUUCUUUCUUUGUAGUGUCUUUAUCUGGUUUUGGAAUUAGGUUAAUGCUGGUCUUGUGAAAAGAGCUUGGAAGUCUUCCCUUCUUUUGAAAUUUUUGGAAUAGUUUGAGGGCAAUACAAGUAGGUAUUAGUUCUUUGAGUAUUUGGUAAAACUCUCCUGUGAAGCCAUCCGGUCCAGGACUUCUGUUUGCUGAGAGUUUUUUUAAAUUACUGUUUCAAUUUCAUUAGUAGUUAUGGGCCUGUUAGGUUUUCUGAUUCUUCCUGAGUUUUGGGAGAUUUUUAUGUUUCCAGAAAUUUGUCCAUGUUACUCAGGUUGUCCAGUUUGUUGGCAUAUAGUUGUGUAGUAUUUUCUUACAAUCAUUUGCAUUUCUGUGGUGUCAGUUGUUAUUUCACCUCUUUCAUUUCUGAUUUUAUUUAUUUGGGUCCUCUUUCUUGCAGAGAGAACAAGUAUUUAAAAAAAAAAAAAAGAGCCAGCUGGUGUGGCUCAAUGGUUGAGGUCACUGGUUUGAUUAUUGGUUGUGGCACAUGCCCAGGUUGUGGGCUUGAUCCCCAGUAGGGCGCAUGCAGGAGGCAGCUGAUUGAUGUUUCCCUCCCAUCAAUGUUUCCUUUUUUCUCAGGUCAAAAACUCUGAAGUUACUCUGUAAAAAAUCAAUAAAAAAAUUUUUUAAAAAAUCUGAAGUUAUACCUGCCUCCUUACAGGCUGUAAGGGAAUGAAUAAGGGAGAGAGUAACAGGGCCCCUUAAGGCUACUGGAAGACAGGGCAGAGGAGUAAAUGAUAAGCUAUAGCUCAUUUUUUGAAAGGAUCAUUCCAGGUGCUGUAGAGCUGAGUUAGAGCAAGGGAAGAGCCUGGGAGACCAGUCAGAAAACCACUGCUAUAAUAUAAGUAAGAGGUGACAGUGGCUCAAACCUGGGGUGGUGAGAAGUGGUAACACCUAUAGGAUUUGCUGGUAGCUGCAAAGUGGUAUAUGAGAGAGGAAGGUAUAACUUCAGAGUUUGGUUUUUUCAAAAUAUAUUUUAUUUAUUUUUUUACAGAGAGGAAGGGAAAGGGAUAGAGAGAAACAUCGAUGAGAGAGAAACAUCGAUCAGCUGCCUCCUGCACGCCCCCUACUGGGGAUGUGCCCGCAACCAAGGUGCAUGCCCUUGACUGGAAUCAAACCUGGGACCCUUCAGUCCGCAGGCCGACGCUCCAUCCACUGAGCCAAACCGGUCAGGGUAACUUCAAAGUUUUUGACCUGAGUAAUGGAAAGAUGAAUUUGCCAUUUACUGAAACAGGAAACUGUGGGAAGAGCAGGCUUGGGAGAAGAAUAUCUGUCCAGUAGGUGGUUGUACAUGGGAGGCCACAGAUAAUGCCUGGAUACAGAAUUGGGGUGGAAAUCUACUUUUGGCAGCUGUUGGCAUAGAAUGGUAUUUAAAGGUUGGUGAGAUCAUGUGGGGCUGGGGUGCGGGGGUGGUUGUGAAAGAGAAGGGUUCUGAGAACUGUGCCCUGGGCACCUUAUAAUCUACAGGGCAGCAAGCUACAGACGGCACGAGUCAGAUUCCCAGAACCAGAGCUGAGACUGAAACUAAGUGGAGUCUGUCGGGUGAGGGGCUCUCGGAUUUUCUUCCAAGUUUCCUAGGAGAGUGUGGGCGUCUCUUGCCCUGACUCAUCUGAACCUCCUGAGGGCCCAGGACACAAUUCAUUGAAGGCCCCAGAGUAGUCAGGCUCCAGACCCAGGGGGCAUCAUAGAGCUUGGACGCCUCCUUCCCUUUGGCCGCCUCCUCUCACAAACAUAGGUGCUCCCCAGGGCUUCUUCAUCCCUCCCCGAUCCACCAUCUGCAAGCUUCCAAAUGCCAGCCUGGGCUUCAAAUCUCUCUGUCUAGCUCAGGCCCAUCUCUUCCCUGGAUGUCCCACAGGCACCUGCAAUCUAGCAUGUCCAACCUUCAGACUGUUUCCUGGUAUGUCCACCCCCUAUCCAGUUUUCCUAACCCUAGUAAUGGACCUCCCCUAGUUCAUAUUCUCUAAUGUCUCUUCACUUGGGGCCAGAAGCCAGGACACAGGUAAGGGAAUGUGGGGUGUUGGGUAUGGGGUGUGGGGAAGGCAAGAACACAUUCUUGCUGGCCCUAGCCGGGCUGUUGUAGGGAGCUGUAGUGACCCCCAUGUGAGGAAUCCUUAUCGGUCAGCAGGUAUGUGGUUGAGUCCCUGAAGGACUCAAAGGUGCAACUGUAGAUUUAUUGGCCUCAUCUUUGUGCCUGAGUAUGCCUGGCCCUAAGCUGUGUGUCUUCUCUCUCAGUCCCUGAGCCUACUGCCCCCACUCACCCAGGUCCCCCUGCCCUUGGCUCCUGAGCACAGACACAAGGGGAGACCAUGAAGUCUGGAAAACUCUACUUGGCCUUGCCCUAGUCAGUUUGGCUCAGUGGAUAUAGCAUCAGCCUAGGGACUGAAGGGUCCUGGGUUGUGGCUCGAUCCCCAGUAGGGGGUCAUGCAGGAGGCAGCCAAUCAAUGAUUCUCUCUCAUCAUUGAUGUUUCUUUCUCUCCCUCUCCCUUCCUCUCUGAAAUCAAUAAAAAAUAAAAAUAAAAAAAAACUCGGCCUUCAACCUUGCUCCAUCACCAUGGAUUACAAAACUGAAACCUGAAGCACCUUACUCCUCUGAGCCUCAUUAUCCCCACUUUACAGAUGAGGAAACUGAAGUCCAAGAGGUUCAAUAACCUGCCAAAGUUUGAUGAGGGGCACUUGAGUAUUUGGGGGGGGGGGGUUAUGCAUUUGUGUGGUUCUUGUUGUUUUCAGUGUUUUGUUAUUUUAACUGUACCUGUAUGUAAUAUGCAUGUUUACAGACUACAUUCCAAUAUAUUUAAAAAACAAACAAAAACUAGCCAAGCUUGCCGUGGCCAGUGUGGCUCAGUUGGCAGGAGUGUCAUCCCAUACACACUGAAAGGUUGUGGGUUCAAUCCCCAGCCCUGGUCAGGGUGCAUGAUCAGUGUUUCUCACAUUGAUUUUUCUCUCCCUCUCUCUAUAAAAAUUAAUGAAAAUGUCCUCAGGUGAGGAUUUUUUUAAAAAACAACUAGCCAAGAUCAUAUCAAUAAGGACUAAAAUCCCUACUCUCUACCCCUUACUGAGCCAAUCUCCCCAGGCCUCAGUUUCCUUGGAUAUAAGAUGGGCAUGAUGGCAUGAGAUCCAUGAGAAGGUGUAGAGUGACAACAAACACACUCCCUGCAUGCCAGGCAUAGCUCAUUUUGUCAUCCCAGCAGCCCUAUGGGGUGGGAACUGUAAUUGUCCUGUCUUACCUAAGAUCAUACAGCUAGUGAGAAGCAGAGCUAGUAUUUUGAUCCAGGUGUACUGGCCUUUUUCUGUGCUCUUAGGUGCCGUAGGAUCGUCUCAGUGGUGCACAGGAGGUCUGGGCUCUUGGCUGUUCCCACUCCAGAGUCAGCAUAGAGGUGGGUAAGGAGCCGAGGUCAGAUUUGGACUCUGAGUGGUCAUAGCCUCCUCCUCCUGAGAGUUUUUGCACGCCUGCCUGGCUGAGAUGGCUACUCCCACCCCUUCCAGGGUUGCAAAACCCCACCCGAGGGAGGAGACAGACCAGCCAGACCAGGGUGCUACCUGUGGGUGCCUCUCCCCUAGAGGCCCUGAGUGGGAAUGGGAGAACAAGCUGGACAAGGGAGUAAGGGCUCUUCCCAAAGCCAGGACCACUAGGCUGAGCACCAAACCUUUAUCUGCAAAGCCCUGGAGAGGCCUGGCCUAGAGCUAGUAGUUCUUUCUGCCCCACCCUUGUCCCCCUCUACAGCCUCAGCUGGAUAGGGCAUGGGGUGGGUAGGGAACUAGUACAACAUGAGGCUUCCAAGUUCUGGAAAAAGUUAGAGCUGGGGGGCUCCCCAGACACCAACAGAUUGAGGCCUCUUGUACAGAUAGGGAAACGAAGGCCCAGGGAAGGGAGGGGGUCCUCCCCGUGUCACACAUCCAGCCCAUACUGGGCCUGGGAGUGGAGCCAGGACUCCCACGGCUCAUGUCCUAGCCUGGCUCCCAGAGCUGCACAGGUAUGUUUCCUGGGUCCAGCCAGGGAGUGGUUACAGGAGGGAUUCCAUGAGAGUCUGUGUGUGUGUGUGUGUGUGUGUGUGCGCGCUCGCGCGCGCGCUCAUGAGAGAGAGGAGAACCCAGAUAAGAAACUACAGGCACCUUGAUACCUGCCCCGCCCUGCCCUCCCCUCAUCCUGCUCUCUUUCCUAUCCUGUCCUUCCUUACUUCCUCCCUGCAGUGAAACCUGCCUCUCUCCUCCAGGGACCUCCCUCGCCCUCUACCCUAAGCCUUGGUCUCACCUCUCCUCUAAGCCUGGCCUCAGUUUAUCCUAUCCCUCUUCUUUGACCUCAUCUUCUUUCACCCCCCCGUGCCAGCAGCGGCCCCUCCACGUUCCCACCUCAGAACCUUAGCACUGGCUCUUUCCUCAGCCUGGCGUGCUCUUCCUGUGUGUCCAUAUGGCUCACUUCCUCACCCCCUUCCGGUUUUACUCAGAGUCACCUCAGUGAGGCCUGUCUUUACACCCACACACUUCCUAUCCCCCUUUCCUGCUUUUCCUUCUAACACGUUUUGCACAGAAUAUCAGCUCUAAUGAGAACAAGGACUUUUGUGAAUCUUCUUUGUGCCUGUAUCCUCAGCACUGCAAUGGUGUCCGGCAUGCUGUAGGCUUUCAGCCAACAUCUGCCAAGGGAAUGAAAGGGGUCUGUGCUCUACUGAAGUGCCUGUGAUGGGUCGGGCUCAUCUAGCUUGACAUUGGGAUCAGAACCUGCAGGAUAUUAUGGCAACAGGCCUAGAGCAGGUCUGUGGCAGAGCAGUGGACAGUAGGCAGGGGUUCUGGAGGGACCCACUGGCUGCCUUGGCUCUGAGACCAUCUCCCAGGGACAUAAAGAUGCCAGAAGGCUGAAGUAGUCAGUGAGGGACAAAGGAGGGUAGCAACCAGAACCCUGGGACCCAUAUAUGCCUCUCCUACCUGUGACUGAGGCCUUAUGGUUAUGCUGCUCUGAACCACCGGGAAUUAGAAAGGCCACUCUCCUCGUGUUCACAGAGCCACUGAGGUUCAGAGAGGAGAAGAGAGGCUUAUCCAGGGUCACAGGGGGAAGCAGCUGGCUGGGACUUCCAGCUGUGGGCCUUCCCUGUGACCCCCAGGCCUGUUCCCUGGUUAAGCUCUCCACUCUGAGAUGUCAGACAUACCUCUCUCCUUUCUUCCUGGGUCCCCUAUAAUCUUCCCACCACCUAUUCUCAUGCUAUAGCCGUUUUUCAUCUUUUAAAAUAUAUGAAACCCAUGUAGGUAUGUAUGUCAGCGAUAUAUUAAGAAGCACAAUCAUCUAACCCAUAAAUUUUUCCCAACUCCAAAACUAGAAAAUUAUUAAUAGCUUGCACCACCCCUGUGCUCCUCCCCAUCUCAUCUCCCAUUUCUAUAAUCCUAUAUCCCUGGAAGAACCAUCCCCCCCCCCCGCUUUUUUAAAGUAGUUUUAUCAUGUGUUUGCUCAAAGAAUAUGUUACUUUUGCAUGUUUGUCAACAGUCUAACUGGUGUCAUACUGUAUACAGUCUACUGCAUUGCUUUUUAUGCCUCCAAAAUAUUUCCUUGUUGCAGGUA